AUGGUCAACGUUCCGAAAACCCGCCGGACUUACUGCAAGGGCAAGGAGUGCAAGAAGCACACCCAGCACAAGGUCACCCAGUACAAGGCUGGCAAGGCCUCCCUGUUCGCCCAGGGUAAGCGUCGUUAUGAUCGGAAGCAGAGCGGUUACGGUGGUCAGACCAAGCCCGUCUUCCACAAGAAGGCCAAGACCACCAAGAAGAUCGUUCUCCGUCUUGAGUGCACUGCUUGCAAGCAGAAGAAGCAGCUCUCCCUGAAGCGCUGCAAGCACUUCGAGCUUGGUGGUGACAAGAAGACCAAGGGUGCUGCUCUUGUCUUCUAA